AUGAGCUCCAGCCACCCAGGCGACUUCAACGUCGCGACGGCCGAAGAGAGCAGCAGCCUUCUAGCGUUCCCGACCCUCGUCGCAACCAGCACCGUGAUGCAUCCAACAGCCAUACUCUGGACGACAUUCCUCGCCCAUCAGAGUUCCAAGAACAGGAGCUGGAACGGCAUCAAGGAGAUUAUGACAGAUACUACGAACGACACCCACGAAGGCACCACUAGUGCCACUACAUAUUGA